UUUCACGAUUUAAGUCAAAAAAAAAAAUUUAAUGGAGGCAAAAUCCUGAUUUUUUUAAUGCACCCAAUUUCAAUAGAGCCAAAAUCUUAAUUUUUUCAAUGGAGGUAAAAAACAAUAAAUUGAGAUAAAAUCCAAAUUUUUUCAAUGGAGGCAAAAACAAAUUUUAAUAGAGCCAAAAUAAAAAUUAAUAGAGCCAAAACCUAAAUGAGUACCAAGUACCAACUAAACCCUUUCUCAUCAAAACACCUAAAACUCAAAACUGUUCCUCUUUCACCCAAUCUGAGCCCUAAUCUGAGCCCCAAUCUGAGCCCCAAUCGUUGUCUUCUCCUUCUCGCCGUUCUCACUCAAAACUGUCAUUCUCACCGUUCUCUUUCACCCAAUCUGAGCCCUAAUCUGAGCCCCAAUCUGAGCCCCAAUCGUUGUCUUCUCCUUCUCGCCGUUCUCACUCAAAACUGUCGUUCUCACCGUUCUAGCCGUCAAUCAAUCAGCUGCACUCGCCGUCGAACCAGUCGCGCACUCACCGUCGAACCGGAGCUGCACUCGCCGUCGAACCGGAGCUGCACUCGUCGUCGAACCAGUCGCGCCGUCGAACCCGAGCUGCACUCACCGUCGUUCUCACCGUUCUCGCACCACUGUCCACAAUUUGGUUAGGCUUGAAGUUGAAGAUGGGCAACUAAUGGGCAAUACAAGUGAAGCUACUCAAAAUAUUAAUGAUUUGGUUAGGCUUGAAGUUGUUGAUGUUGAUAAUACGGAUGAUGAUGAAGAUGAUGAGGAAGACG